ACAUAUGACAAAAGUUUCAAGGGCACAGAGCUGGAUGAGUAAGUUCUCCCCCCUAUUGCCGCGCACUUCUCGGUCUGUGCAGGAGACAGUGGGUUAUCCAGCAGUGACAUUUCUGCGGAGUGGAAUUUCCCCUUUUCGGAUUUCUCAUCGUUGAAGAAAACAUGGCCGUUACCACACUCAGAUGUGUGUAUGUGUUUUUCCUAAUAACUAUUCUGCUGUCGUUGCCAACGCUGCCAGUACAAGCGGGACGAAAAUCUCUGCACAAACAGCGAGGUGCUAGGCCCAUCCGUCAUUGCCCAGAUGAUAUGUUCGAUGACCAAAUCCGCAGACCACAGAAUGAUACCGGGGCUCUGAACUGUCGUCCCUGCAGCCUUUGCAUGGCAGGCUUUGGAGUGCAGAGACUGUGUACAUGGACCGAAGACACCCAAUGUACCCCAUGUCGUGAUGGCCACUACUCAGAGUCAUCUGACAUGUUUGGUGACUGCCUGAUGUGUAGACAAUGUGGGAUGAACCAGGGCGUGCGGCGUCCAUGCACGAGAACGUCUAACACAGUGUGCAGCCAAAGAUGUGCUCGUGGGUUUUUCUUCAGUCCAUAUGACCGAGAUUGUCUUCCUUGCUCACCGUGCCAUCAACCGGGUGAUAGAGAAUCCGGCAUAGUGGCUGUAGCAUGCAAAGCGGCAGGCAUGCCACGGGACAUGCAGUGCUGGCCCACUCAUGCCCAUGGUAAUCAAGCGCCUGAUAGUCAACCUGAUUUGCAGAGCACUGGGGGGGAUCACGACACUACAGAUUUAGAAAUUCCAGGUCCCGCAGAUGAUGAAAACAGACCAAUCAAUACAACCUCCAAAACCGAUGACCAUCCACCCUCACCCAGACCAUCUACGGGACCAGACGAUGCUGAUACAACAUUCCUUUUAGACAAGGAACCAUCACAGUUGUUCACCUUUGUACUCGCAAGUCUCCUGAUAGUGGUGGUCCUCUGCGUUCUACUGUCCGUUGCUGUGCUUGUCUGCCUCGGACGUCUGAUGAACCUGACCAGCAGCGCCGCAUCACCACGUCCUAAGAAAAAGAACGGAUACCACUGCCUCUCAAAGAGGACUGCUAAUCUACUAGUCGGGUCUACGGCACAUGUGUAAAAGGGUUUCAGGGAAGUAAUUGAGGCCAUGGUUUCUUGAACACCAGUUGAAGAUGAGCAGCAGUUUAUUUAUAAUGGCUGAAUUAGAAUGUCUUUCAUUUGUUUGCGUAUUGAACCCUAUUGAUUUGAAUAUUUGAUAUAGGGCUGACACAGGACGUUUUUCGUCUAAUUUAAACUCAUCCAAUCCUAACCCCCGAAAAAGUUCCUCUUUUGUUUUUGCACAACAAAUGCAAACAAAUUUGAAGGUUUUGGACUAGCAUUAUAAUGUCCUUACGGAAGUUAGUAUUUCUUGAGUAUCUGAACUACACUCGGUAGUCCCAGUGCUUUCUAUAACGUUCGUUACACGUGAGUUCAAAGCCUAAUAAUACACAAUGCAUAUAUCCAGAAAACCAAAUGGACGAUUGUGAACAAAUUUAUCGCGCAUUAUUCAAUUUCGAAAUAGUUCCCCUUUCCAGGGUAUAAUUUUA